AUGAACCUGCACCAGCAGCAGAAUCAUUUUCUGGAAAUAGACAAGAAGAACUGCUGUGUGUUCCGGGAUGACUUCAUUGCCAAUGUGCUGCCACCAGUGCUGGGGCUGGAGUUUGUGUUCGGGCUCCUGGGCAAUGGCCUUGCCCUGUGGAUUUUCUGCUUCCACCUCAAGUCCUGGAAAUCCAGCCGGAUUUUCCUGUUCAACUUGGCCGUGGCCGACUUUCUCCUGAUCAUCUGCCUGCCAUUCUUGACGGACAACUACGUGAGGAAGUGGGACUGGAAGUUUGGGGACAUCCCUUGCAGGCUGAUGCUCUUUAUGCUGGCCAUGAACCGCCAGGGCAGCAUCAUCUUCCUCACCGUGGUGGCCGUGGACAGGUAUUUCCGGGUGGUCCAUCCCCACCACGCACUGAACAAGAUCUCCAAUCGGACGGCGGCCAUCAUCUCCUGCCUCUUGUGGGGUGUCACCAUCCGCCUGACGGGUCACCUCCUGCACAAAAAGAUGUUGAUCAGGAAUCGAGAUGCGAAUUUGUGCAGCAGCUUUAGCAUCUGCCAUACCUUCAGGUGGCACGAUGCCAUGUUCCUCCUGGAGUUCAUCCUGCCCCUGGGCAUCAUCCUGUUCUGCUCGGCCAGAAUCAUCUGCAGCCUGCGCCAGCGGCAAAUGGACAGACACGCCAAGAUCAAGAGGGCCAUCAACUUCAUCAUGGUGGUGGCCAUUGUCUUCAUCAUCUGCUUCCUGCCCAGCGUGGCUGUGCGCAUACGCAUUUUCUGGCUCUUGCACACCACGGGUACGAAGAACUGCGAUGUCUAUCGCUCGGUUGACCUGGCGUUUUUCAUCACCCUCAGCUUCACCUACAUGAACAGCAUGCUGGACCCUUUGGUGUACUACUUCUCCAGCCCAUCUUUUCCCAACUUCUUCUCCACCCUGAUCAACCGCUGCCUGCGGAAGAAGACACCACAAGGGCCAGAUAACAACCAGAGCACAAGCAUGGAGCUCACGGGGGAUCUGAGUACAACCAGAAGUGUUCCAGACACUUUAAUGGCCAACCCCAGUGAGCCGUGGAACCCAUCUUAUCCAGCCCCAGCUUCUCGCUAAAUAAUCGAGCCAAGAAGAGAGAUAGUUACCAAGAACCAAGGUCUCUGGAGAAACAGUUUGGCUGGGUGCACAGAGUACCAUCGUUAGACCCGGCCUGUGGUUUCCUGGAACUUCCAGAUUCAGAGAAUCAGACUUAG